AUGGGUUGGUCACUGAGGAGCUGUACUGCUCCUGUCUUGUCAUCUUGUCACUUGACAACGAGGGUUGGCCAAAGUCAGCUGGAAGGGCUGCCGAUUUUUGCUCAUCGCGAGGCAAUCUUGGACCAUGUGCGCACCUACCGGGUGACACACAUUCAAGGUGAGACUGGAUGUGGCAAAAGCACCCAGGCGCGUUCGGGAGCCUGGUGUUGUGUGGCGGAUGUGACAUGGCGGCAGGUUCCCAAGUACGUCAUGGAGGAUGCGAUAAAGCACGGGGAGGACCCGAAGAUCGUCGUCACGCAGUCGGAGCCUCUUAGUACGCUCCGCUGGGCCUCUGGGCCUCUGGGCCUCCGCAGCUCUCUGAGGCCCCGGCGCAUGGCCGCUGUGAGCCUUGCCCGUCGCUGUGCAGCCGAGCUCGGUGAGGAGCUUGGGAAGACCGUCGGGUACAAGAUCAGUGGUGAUUCCGUCAGUGGGAAGCUCUGCUUCGCAACAACGGGCUUUCUCCUGCAGGUGCUCGUCAACCAGCCGGAAGAGUUUGGCACCUACAGCCACAUCAUCCUCGAUGAAGUGCAUGAACGAAGUGUCGAUGCUGACUUACUGACGAUGUUGCUGAGGCUGCUGAUGCAGUGCUACAGCAAGGUGAAGCUCAUCGUGAUGAGUGCGACGCUGCAAGCCGAAGUCUUUGCGCGCUACUUCGCCUCUCUGGAGGGAAGAUACUUGGACCAAGGCCCUGGGGAAGCUCUUCCGGUGAAGCCCCUGUUUGUCGGCGUUCGAACUUUUCCCGUGGAUGUCAUCUUCCUUGACGAACUCGAGGCACAUUUUCAGAUCGCCGGUGGCCAAGCGCGUCAUGGACUUGAGAUCGCCCUGGAAGGCUUCAGCAAGGGCGGCAAGGCUAAGGCCAUUCUCCACGCGUUUUACCUGGGCGCAGGCAGUUGCAAACCGCUCGCAUAUCGGGGCCAGGGGAAGAGCAAGGGAAAGAAAGGCGAUCGUGGCAUUGACGGAGCGGCUUCGGGCUUCCUGCGCUCGGAGCCGAAGCUGGUGGAGGGCUUGGACUGGGUCUGCAAGGAGCUUGUACAGCAGAUGGCCCAGGACAAGUGCACGUUAGUGGUCUUCUUGCCGGGCAUCGCCGACAUCACAGCCUUCUACGAGACUCUCUCUCCCUUGGAGUCUCGCGAGCAAGGCAGAGGUUUGGCCUUGAGGAUCUUCGCCAUGCAUUCAAUGAUACCUCGGGAGGAGCAAGAGGAAGUUUUCCGACCUCCGCCAGCCGGCACAUGCCACGUCGUGCUUGCUUCCAAUGUGGCGGAGAGUUCCCUGACACUGCCGUCCGUGUCCGGUGUCAUUGACAUGUCACUGCGACGAUCGCUCGAAUAUGAUCCCCGCAGGCUUAUCUCUUGCUUGGUCACCACAUGGUGUUCCCAGUCUAGCUGCAAGCAGCGCUCUGGACGCGCUGGGCGCACCAUGCCAGGUCGUGCGGUGCGCAUGGUGACACGCGCCUUCUUCGAGGAUGAGAUGAUCGAGUUCGACCCGCCAGACAUGCUCAGUGCUCCCUUAACGAAGCUGUUCCUUCAGGCGAAGCAACUCUGUAUAAAGCUUAAGCACAUCCAACAGAAGGGCAUCAUUCCCAAAGGGAUUGAUGUGCAACUCACCUCCCCCACCGUCCUGCUGAAACAGCUAGUUUCACCUCCAGCGACAGAGUUGGUCGAAGCUGCAAUCACCGAGCUUUCCGACGUGGGUGCCGUGGACAGCAAUCACGAGGAGGCCUUGAUCACACCGUUGGGACACAUUUGCAUGGCUUUACCCUGCGAGCUGCGGCUCUGCAGAUUGAUUUACUUUGGGUUGAUGCUGAACUGCGCCCCGGAUGCCAUCGCCAUGGUGGCCGCCAUUACGGCGGCAGAUCCCUUUGCAGCUCCAACGCUGCUGUUGCUGAAGGACGAGCGUGAGUACUGCCGGAAGCUGGAGCGCUCCUUCGAUGCCCGGCUACGUUGCGACGCUGGGCGCCACUCCGAGCCGCUAAUGCUGCGGGAGCUCUUCAUGCACUGGGUGGAUGCAGGAGCUCCGAGAGGGAAGGCCAUGGGACCCUUUUCCAGGACCUGGAACGUCGUCCCGAAAAAGCUCGAAGCAGUGGCGACUGAAGCGGUAGACUUGUCCACGCGACUGCUCAAGCUUCUGAAGCCCGGCACGCUGGGGCACAUCUCCCUCCAGCACUUCCUGGCAACCAUGUGCUUCAAAGUGGACCCACGCGAGGAGAUCACGACCUGUAAUUUUCCGUCAGACUCUGUGUACAACAAGCUUUUCUGUCAAGACAUCAAGUUAAUGCGCGCGCUGUUGGCGCUCAGUUUCAGCGACCAGCUGCUUUUUCAUUUAAAGCCGCGCUGGGAUGCCAGCUGCGGCAAGAAGAGGAAGGAGGAGCAGAUGGUGGCGAGAAUGGCAGAGCAGAAGUUGGACUAUUCCGGCACUGUUUGCAUCAUGCAGCCACCCACGAAGCUUCGGGACAAGGGAGACGAGGAAGCCACCCAAGAAAACAUACAGAGGCUUUGCCAAGCACUUUGUGGCGAAGCAGCAAAGAGGACGUUUUGGGAUGACUGGGAGAAGGUCCUCUACCUCGACUUCGUUGGCAAGAAGAAAGGCGGACCUGACAAAGCUCGGCAAGGGCCAGAGAACAUUCUCAACGAUGCCCUGCCUCAGGUCCACCGAUGCCACCAGUUCAGCGCGGGCCGGUGGAGAUUCAACGUGGAGUGCUUGCUCCACGCAGGCGGAUCAGAAAGCGAGGAAGUCUUGGAGAUCGUUCGACCGAUCCAGCCGUUCCUCAUUACUUGGGAUGUCCUCCAACGCAGCGAGCGGUCCGAGGGCGAAGAGCUUAUCAAGAAGCCUGGCAAGGUGCAAGCCAUGCCGGAUUGGCGGAAUCCGUUGGGCUUCGCCUGCGAUGUGCGGCCAGAGCUCACCCCUGCAAGGGAGCACCUUGCAGUGUGCGCUUCAAUCCAAGGCCCUCGGUCCGGGCAAACUGCGCUGGUGGCGGGCGUGACCGUUUUGGGAAUGAACUACUUCCCUUUCUUGCUUCCGACGUUGGAUCCGGGAAGAUGGAAGCUUCAAUGGGGCUUCAACGGACAGACCCACGAGAUCCACGCAGUUCGCUUACUGCACAUGGAGAUCCAGUUGCCACCCGAGACCAUCACCGGGGAAGUGCUUCGGAAGUCCAACAUUUUGCGCGCCAAGAUCCGGGAGGCCCUUCUGCCAGCGGAUGUGUCCAAAGGCGGCAAAGGCAGCAAUGCUUCCGCCUCCAUUUUCCUGAACAUCCCGGACAUGCGACGUGAGAUGGCUGAUCUUCUCGACGAGAUAUGGGACGAGCCCUACCCCGUGCGGCAAGCGAAGCGCAUAAGCUGGGGUCACGGUGCCGAAGAUGCAUGCGAGGCUGGGGAACGUUUGCCUCAGCUUCGACCGCUGGAAGACACGCUUUGUGAAGUCAACGAAGUGAGGCUGACGAAGAAACAGAUAAAAGAGCAGAACAAGGCUCUGCUUGCGAUGCAGCAGAAGGAAGCCGCAAGACGCCCUCCGGCGGAACCACCGGAGUACGUGAAGAAAAGCGAGUUGAAGGUGGGUGAUCGGGCAUCUCUCACCGUCAAGUACGGUGAUCAUAAAGGCCAGUAUCCUGUUCGCAUCGUGGGAAUCGAGGAGAAGGGUCUCAGGAUACAGCACGAGAAGGAUGGCUAUGAGGAGGUCGUUAAGCAAAGAGACAUCAAGUCUGGGAAGCUCAGCAUUCAGGCCGCUUACUUGCAACUCAGAUUGCGCAUGCUUCGCAUUGAUUCUGAUCGACCAUGA